AAGGCCGUCGAUCUGAAUUCUGAAACAUUUUGUUUUGCUCAUCCCAUGACCAAGCUCCCACAUCGUCUUCCUUUGAGUUGUAUACUUUCAGCUUUCUCAUCAAUCCAAACCCAUUUUCAUCUCAACUCAUUGCCCAGAUUUCAUUCAAGGAUUGUAUCGUCGUCGUCUUCUUCAUCCUCCACAGGCCUUGUCGUCCCCAGCCAUGACCAUAUUUCUCGUCUCAUACUAGACCAGAGUUCCCCAGAAGCAGCGCUGCAAACCUUCCAUUGGGCUUCAAAACUCUCAAAUUUCACCCACUCUCAAUCUACCUACCGUGCUUUGAUCCACAAGCUUUGUGCUUUCCGACGGUUCAAUGAUGUUAACCAAUUGCUCGACGAAAUGCCAAGCUCAAUAGGGGUUCCCCCCGAUGAAGACACUCUCGUCACCCUUGUUCGAGGACUUGGACGUGCCCGGAUGAUCCGGGAUGUCAUCAAGGUUGUUGAUUUGGCUUCCAGGUUCAACACCCAACUUUCCUUGAAGAUUUUCAAUUCGAUACUCGACGUUCUUGUUAAGGAAGACAUUGAUUUGGCUAGGAACUUUUAUAGGAAGAAGAUGAUUUCGACUGGUGUUCAUGGUGAUGAUUAUACUUUUGGGAUAUUGAUGAAGGGUCUUUGCGUGACUAAUAGAAUUGCCGAAGCUUUUAAGCUUCUGCAACUCAUCAAGUCCAGCACUGUAAAGCCAAAUGCUGUGGUUUAUAACACUUUGAUCCAUGCUUUAUGUAAGAAUGGCAAAGUUGGAAGAGCCAGAAGUUUGAUGAAUGAAUUGGAUGAUCCCAAUGUUGUUACCUUUAAUAUCUUGAUAUCCGCCUACUGUAAAGAAGAAAAUUUAGUUCAAGCUCUUGUGUUGUUAGAGAAGAGCUUCGCCAUGGGGUUCACACCGGAUGUCAUCACUCUGACUAAGAUUCUGAAAAUCAUCUGCGACGCCGGUCGUGUAGUAGAAGCCUUUGAGAUUUUAGAGAAAGUCGAGAGCAAGAGGGGUGUAAUAGAUGUGGUAGCUUAUAAUACUUUGAUAAGAGGCUACUGUAGGAUAGGAAAGGUGAGACUUGGGCAGAGGCUUUACAUGGAGAUGGAGCGUAAAGGCUGUCUCCCGAAUGCCGACACAUGCAACAUUUUGAUCUCCGGUUUCUGUGAGUCCAACAUGUUGGAUUCAGCUCUGGAUAUGUUUAAUGAAAUGAAGGCAGAUGGGAUCAGUUGGAAUUUUGUUACUUAUGAUACAUUGAUUAAAGGACUGUGUUCAGCAGGGAGAAUGGAAGACGGGUUUAAGAUUUUAGAGCUAAUGGAGGAAAGUAAGGCGGGUUCAGGUGGACGUGUUAGUCCUUAUAACAGUGUGCUAUAUGGUUUAUACAAGAAGAAUCGUUUGGAGGAAGCAUCGGAGUUCCUUUCCAAGAUGCAAAAUUUAUUUCCCAGAGCUGUUGAUAGGAGCUUAAGGAUAUUAGAAUUUUGCAAGGAGGGAAGGGUCGAGGACGCAAAGAGAGUUUACAACGAGAUUACCGGGCAAGAGGGGAUGCCGAGUGUUCUCGUUUAUGAUUGCUUAAUCCGUAGUCUUUGCCUAGAAGGGUGCACACGAGAAGCAGUUGAGCUGAUGAAUGAAAUGGUUGGCUAUGGUUAUUUGCCAACAGCAUCGACAUUCAAUGACGUGAUUAGAAGGUUUUGCAGUAACGGUAAACUCGCUAAUGCUUUGAAGCUAAUGGAGGACAUGGUCGGAAGAGGAUGCACGCUUGAUGGUGGAAGUUAUAGUCUAUUGAUCAAAGGUUUUUGUAGGAUGGGGGAUAUUCAGAAGGCUAUAAUGCUUUUGCUGCAAAUGUUGGGAGAGAAUGUAAUACCUGAUGAGAUGACGUGGAAUUCGGUACUUGUUUGUCUUAGUCGAGAAAGAGAAUGGUCGGAGAGCAAGAAGAUGUUGCAUGUAAAUAACCUACUAGAGUGUAUUAUUGAAACGUGAAAACAUCGGCCAUGAGUUACUCGAAUCCACUCUUUUAGAAUGAAUGAUUUGGUCCUAAUAUUAUCUUUUGCUCAUU